AUGGAUUUUGUCACAGGAUUGCCUAGACCCAAAAGUGGCAAUGACACAAUUUGCGUGAUUGCAGAUCGACUUACAAAGUCUGCGGUGUUUAUUCCAAUAAAGGAAACUUGGAAAAAGAAACAAUUGGCAAAGGUGUAUGUGAAGAAUGUAGUUCGACUACACGGAGUGCCUAAGAACAUCAUCUCCGAUCGAGAUUCAAGCUACCAUGCUAGCAUUGUCAUGGCACCUUUUGAAGCAUUAUAUGGUCGGAAGUGUAGAAGUCCUGUAUGUUGGAAUGACUACAGUGAGAAUCUUGUCUUAGGAACAGAGUAUAUUGAGGAAAUGGUUUCGCCUACAAAAGGAGUGAUGAGAUUUGGAAAGAAGGGCAAAUUGAGUGCCAAGUAUGUAAGUCCUUAUGAAAUUUUGGAACGUGUUGGCAAGGUUUCUUAUAAAUUGGCAUUACCUACGGAAUUUGAGAAAAUGCAUGAUGUGUUUCAUAUCUCUCAAAUGAAAAAGUAUGUUCCUGAUCCUAAGCACGUGCUACAACCUGAAUCGAUUCAGUUAGAUGAGACUUUGACUUAUGAGGAAAAGCCUGUGAAAAUUUUGGAUUAUAAGGUGCGUAGUACACGCAAUAAGGAUGUGAGAAUUGUUAAAGUUAUUUGGUCAAACCAAGAGUAUGAGGAGGCUACUUGGGAGGCCGAGGAUGAUAUAAGAAAGAGAUACCCUGAGUUAUUUAAUGAGAUUAAUACUUGUCGCAAUAAGAAUCGAGUAGAGGCCAAUACAGACGAAAUUGUCUCAUUGGCUCAAUUUCGUACCAUCAUCCCCGAUCCUCUAGUCGUGGUUCAUUGA